GGAACGGACCGUGCUAUCCCUGUGCUCAUCAUUGGGAUCCUCGUGUUUCUCCCAGGCUUCUACCACCUGCGUAUUGCAUACUAUGCUUCCAAAGGCUACCGUGGCUAUUCCUAUGAUGAUAUCCCAGAUUUCGAUGAUUGA